UUUUUCGGUAGCGACGCAUGCGCAGUGUAUGGCUGCUGAGAGAGCUAAAAAGGACACUGAACUGUCAAGUGAAGAGAAAUAAGCUCGGUGUGCAUGUUGAGGUGAGGGAAGAGAAAUGGAUCCUAACUACAGAGAGAGUUGUCGCGAGGGAUACUUCACUGGAGGAGAGCGAGAUGAUGCAAGACAGCAUCAGAUGCCGCACUUCACGCACCAGCUGCCCUAUCACUCGAACCUUGUCUCUUCGCUGCAGCAACCAGCAAUUGUCUUGGAGCAAUCGGAUGUUCAGAGGAACAGGGAAGACUUCUCUGGUAGCCAUGCCAACCCUUCCAUGCUUAGAUCCAUAUACUCGGGCUCAGGGUCAAUACUACCAAGCCCUAACAUUCUCCUGCAAUCAACCAACCACUUUGCAUCAUCCAACAACCAGCACCCUCAACAUCCGCAACACCAGCAACACCAACAGCAACUCAACCGCCUACAACCGACAACUCGGCCCCACUUCAUUCCUCCCAGCACAACUCACCUAGCCGGCCCUAACCUUGCCGUUGAUGCGACCGUCGCACAGCAUAUCGACCCUGGUAUCGAGAGAACGGAGACUUCCAGAGACUCCCUCGAUGCUACCUUAAACGAACCCUUGGAGUUGUCCAUGCCCAGACAACACCAGGACACCUCGUCAAAGACUCUCAUGAACACCUCGUCAAAGACUCUCAUGAAAGACAAGGUUGCAGUCCCACCAAAGCCUCCCAACCCGAUCCUCCAACCAAAGCAUCUUAACCUCAUGCCUACGCCCCAACCCAAAAGCCUCUUGCCACCUCUCCGGAGAAGGGACAGAGUUCAACCCAGGUCGGGCGGUCAGCUUCCAGAGUUCCUCGCCUUCAAGUAUCUUCGUAACGAGAAAGAGAAUAUAGUUGGAGUUGUGGCCAAAGAUAAUGUUGAUGAAGGCAUGGAGUUUGGACCGUACAAUGGCAAUUUCCUGGAUGAAGAGAUAGGGUCUACCAAAGAAUCAACGUGGGAGCUCUGCACCGGGGGUAAAGUCUUCCUCUACAUGGAUGGUAAGAAGAAGGACCAACUAAUCUGGAUGUCCUAUGUUCAGAGCGCUCGCAACGAACAAGAACAGAACCUAGAAGCAUGCCAAUACUACGGACAGAUCUACUUCAGAACUACAAAGUGCAUUGAACCAGGAAGUGAACUUAGAGUGUUCUACAGUAAAGAGUACUCAGAGUCCAUCGGGUUUAAGAGCACUCUCAAAGACUUGGAUUAUCACGAGGAGGAUGACUAUUUUCAGUGUAACUCCUGUGAGAGCCAAUUCCCAACAGCCAAACGAAUGUUCCGUCACAUGAAGUUUGAUCAUGAACAAGACUCUAGUGAUGACCUACGACCCGUGAUUACAUGGAAGGUCAAAUGUAAGACAGAAUGCACAAAGUCAGAGGAGUUACCUUCUUCAGGAUUCAAGGAUAUUGAGACGGAACCCACGGAGGGAUCGUCACAGGUUUAUUCCCCAGGUCAGUUCAUCUGUACGAUCUGUGGCAAGAAGUUUCCUACGGAAGGCCGUCUUGAAGCUCAUUCCAUGUUUCAUGAAUUCAGCGAAGAGCACACCUGCAUCAUCUGCGGAGAGAAGCAACGCAACUCCAGGGCUCUCACCAAGCACAUGGCCAAACACGAGACGGUCGUCCACAAGUGCCGCAAGUGUGACAAGUCGUACAAGUGCAGAAACAGCCUGCUCCGUCACAACCGGGAGGCCCAUGUCCUGGGUCGGAAGCAGGAGAAGGGGAGUUUGAAAGACGAACAAACCCAAAGGGAAUACAACAAAGAUGCAGAUACUAUAUGGAAGAAGAAGAAAUACAGGAAGACUCCAAAGUCAGAACCCAAUCCUGGUUUGCCAGCCGAGGUUCCGGGAGAGACUAAGGUAACCAAUGACAGUAAUCCUGGGACAAAGGCUGCUCCAAGAAAGAGAGUUGCAAAGGCUAAACCAACUCCUGAAGAACCUAAGGAUAUGCUGGGAAAGACAGUAACAUACUACAAUAGACCUAGACCUUUCAAGUGUAGGCAUUGUCCACGGCGAUACAGGUCCAAGACCGCAGUCUUGGAGCAUGAGAGGGAAGUCCAUGAAAACAAAGGAACUUAUAAGUGUAACCUGUGCCCUCGUGUCUUUGUGAAAGAGAGUAACUUCUUUCAACACUACCAGAGUCACGAGCAGAACCGUCUCUACCGCUGUUCACUCUGUCCGCGUGCCUUUGCAUCAGAUAGUGCCCUCGCCAACCAUCAAGGGGAACACACAGGCCUCAAACCGUUCAAAUGCGAGAUUUGCGGCAAGGGAUUCCGGAUCCGCAAGUGGGUGUGUGCUCAUAAACGCAGGAUGCAUCAGACGAGAGAGCUGCGCUUCUUCUGCUCCUUCUGCAACAAAGGAUUCACGGACAAAGGUCCGCUCCAGAAGCACGAGCUGCGUCAUAAGGGUAUCCGGCCGUUCGUCUGUAUGAUAUGUGGUAAGGGGUUUGGAGUGAAGUAUGUUCUUGAGGUCCACAUGCAGAGUGUACACGCCGCGGAGAAGAAGUAUCAAUGUGAAGUGUGCGGUAAGAAGUUUUCAUUGAACCAACACUACGUGACUCACAUAUUUAAACAUAGAGCACAAGGAGAAGACAUUCCUGGAUUAGCCUCAGCCCAGGAAGGUCAGGAGAAUUGAAUAGCUCCUCCUUUGAGUGGUAUUGUCAGAGAAAUUCAAAUGCAACUCUUUCUGCAACAUACCCCAGGGCUGGGUCUUGCAAAGAGUUGCGAGUUAUCCAGUCAAUCACUUCUAUGGAAAGGCAGCAACGUCAACAUAUGCAUGGGUUCAAAAUAUUUUCUAACUCUGAUGUAAUUUUCAUAAAUCAUCGCUUACUUGAAAAUUCAGUGUGCUUCUCUUUGUUUACAAAUAACAUUGAGCAAUUUGAUGUUGGAAAAGUUAUGACAUUAAUGGAUUUCCAUACAGUUGCGGUCGAUCGGAUCAAUUGUAACUCAUUCGGCAUGUUUCUACGGAGAAUCAUUAAACGGUAUUACCUGCGUAAGUAUCCAGAAUUCCGGAAAACUUCCCUGUUGUAACAGACGUGAUGUGGUUUAUUGAAAAACCGCAUCAUGCAAAAUACGGUUUCUCAUAACCACCUCUGGGAGGUGGUUAAUGCCGUGUUCCGCGACCCGCAAUGUGAGGGCGAUACAGUUUUUCGAUUCCGGAAAAGAAAUAGCGUUUUUUAAUGAGUCUCUAUUGAAACACCCUGUUUGUAAGAUGGGCCUCGGGUGUGGCAGAUCCUAGACAACCUUGCCAUUCAUACAUUCUUAUAUUGUAAAUGAUAAUCAUCAAACUUCUAGUGUCUAGUGUAUGGCAUUUGUAGUCACAUCAAUUUAGCAUCUAUGUUACAAAUGUGCAAAUCCAUGAUUUAACAGUAAACUCUAAUAUCUGUCAUUUGUUGCCCUCCCAAACCAAUAUCUAUUUUUGAAUAGGUAGUACUUCCUUGUUGUGUAUUGAUAUAAAAUUAUUUUAAAAAUACAAUUUUAAGGUACACGAAUUUUUGUUUCUACAUGCUAUGUAUUUAUCUGUAUGGUAUACAGUUUGCAAUUUAACAAAUCAUGUUAAUUGAGAAUUUAACUAAUGCUUUGAGCAGCCUCAUAAUGCGAAUUUAUUUAAACAACUCAUGGAGCCUGAACAAAAAAGGUGAUUGUGAUAAUACAGAUUGAAAUCUUUUCAUGAAAUUGUUAUAAGACAAAAAAAAUCUAUUUUAUCCACGCAAUUUGAAUUAGUUGAUGUAAUUUUUAGAAAACCAUAAGGCUAAAUAUAUUUGGUCCUCUAUCAGAUUUUGGUGUUUCUAUUAUGUAAUGAUCUAUUUCAUUAUGUGUAUGGAUUCUGUAAAGCACAUCAGCGCAAGCCUUAGUUAUGAAAGGCUCCUUGUAAUAGCUACUCGGUAUUAUCAAUGUUUAGAAAUGUGAAACUUAAAGAUAAUAACAAGAGAUAACCCCCCCCCCCCUCUUU